GCAGAUAUUGCCAUACCCUUUUUUUACAGCCCUCCUGCCCCAUAUAAACCGCUCACCUGCCUGCAGACUUGUCACUGGAGGCAUAACCCACUGAAGAUCCGACCUCAGCACAAUCCACUGAACACCAUCACCAUGAAAAUCCAGGAUAUGUCAAUCAAGCAGGGCUUGGAGUUAAAAGUCCGCGUCAAGCCUGGUGAGAGUGGUGACAGUUUUGCCAUCAACAUUGGUCAUGAUCGUGAGAACAUCGCCAUGCACCUCAACCCCCGGUUAGACUCCAACACCAUCGUCUUCAACUCUUUAUCCGGGGGUAGCUGGGGUGACGAGAUCCACGAAUCAAACUUCCCUUUCAGACGUGGAGAAGAAUGCAAGUUUUACAUCAACUUCAACAACGAGGAAUUUUACAUCAAGCUUCCUGACGGCAGCAUGAUUACCUUCCCCAACCGCCUGGGUGAUGUCAAGUACAAGUACUUCGAUGUGAGCGGUGAUGCGAGAAUCAUCGGCCUCAAGCUGAAGUAGAGGCUGACCUCUUCUUAAGCCCCAACCCUUCACCUCUCUACGUUUUGCUCGUUGCUAAAACAUUCUCAUGUUUUUCAAUAGCUGAAAUUAGGCUUGACUGCUAAUAUGAAAUCUGAAAAGUAACUCUGGAAAUGUCAACUGCUUUAGAUUGCUGAUGUUGUAAUGAGAGGAAAUGGCCUUAAGAUGGAGCCCCGGCACAUCUUACCUUACUAUGGUUGGAGGACAGCUCAGCAAAGCUGGAUUUGUUAAUAAAACCCUAAAAGAAAAGA